UUUUGAAGAGUAGUUUCAUUGUGUUGGUCUUGGCGCUGAGUUCAAGCGUCGGUUACAGUGUACAGUGCGCAGAUGAAAGGACGCGGGUCCAGAUGAAAUCAAACUGAUUGCAUGAGAAUCAUGUUGAGGAGAGCGAGCAGCGCGAGCAGCGGGAAGAGCAGCGCGUCGCGGCGGAGCAGCUCGGUAGGCUUUGAUGAAUUCGGAUUUGCUCUCAGUAAGAAAAGAGACAAGAAGCUCCAACACAGAUGUCAUGACUACAGUUAUCCUCAGCCUAAUCCAGUUAAAGUCAAGGAACUGUGUGAAUUUCUCAGUUACUGGAAUGGAUCCAGUUUUAUCUGCAGAAGUCAGAUCGAGAGGUUUAUUCGUAUUGGUAUUCCUCCAGCAAUACGUGGACGAGUUUGGAAAUGCCUUCUAAAUAUCGACAGUCUCCGAGCUGCCAGCUCUUUUGAUUAUGAGGCAUGUCAGGCUGAGAUCCGUAAACCUCUGGUUGAUCUAGGAGUCAGUGAGUACAGUAUCAUCCCUACUAUAGCCUCUCUAGUGGACACAGAGAAUGAGAUCAGCAGCGGACAGGCGUCAGAUCUCCCCAGCGCUGACCUGACGCUCUUUAAACAGAUCGCCCUCGACCUGCGAAGGUCAUUUCCGACCCAUCGCACUCUGAUGGGGGACCGUGCGGAGGCUAUUGAGGGCCAAGCCAAACUUUUCAGAGUUCUUAGCGCAUUCGCCCGAUAUAAUCCCCAGAUUGGAUACGUACAAGGGAUGUCCUAUAUAGCUGCUGUGCUCCUGAUGAUCCUGUCUGAGGAGGAGGCUUUCUGGGCUCUGGUUGCUCUGUUAGAGAAUCCCAAGUAUCUCUCAGAGCUCUUUGAUUCUUCUCUGAAGAAGAUUCAGCAUCAAGCUUUGGUUUUUCAUCAGCUCCUGAAGCACAGGAAACCUCUGCUCUUUCAGCACUUGGAGACUCUUGGGGUGUCUUCUCUGCAUUUCAUCAUGCAGUGGUUUCUCACUCUCUUCACCUCGCUGCCGUGCUGGGACUCAGUAUUGGCCAUUUGGGAUCUUAUCAUGCUGCAUGGUCUGCUGACUGUAUUUCGCACCGGCCUCACCAUCAUCCUGCUGCUGGAGUCUCGUAUCAUGAACAUGAAUGAGGAGGCCACAGUACUGCCCAUUCUGCUGCGAGUGCCUGUGGAUGUCUCCCAGCAUCGUGUUCUGAUCCCAGCCCUCUGGGACACUGACGUUCAGGAGUGGGAAAUCAACUGCAUGAACCGCCUAGUUUUGGAGGAGGCCAGUGGCGGACAGGAUGAAGAGAAGGUAAAAAAAGAAAGCGCAAAAGGCUGUUCAAGUUCUCUCAGCGAUGGACAGCAAGAUGAAAAACCUUCUCAAGAAGUUGCCAGGAACACUUCUAAGAAAGCGGAUCCAGGCUCUAGCACUAAGAAUGUUUUCACGCGGCUGCUGAAAGUGGCUCAGCGUUACCUUUUGGAGUCAGGCAAGCACAGUGCUGCUGCCAGGUCUUCUCCUGCCAAGAAGAGCCCUGCCCUCGGCCCCCUCCCCAAAACCACAACUUCCACCUCCUUCACACAGGCACAGGGUCGAACCAGAAGGAGCAGUAGCAGGUGUUCCCAGAAUUCCACUCUGGGUGUAGCCAAGGAGGAGCAGCUCCCUUCUCAAGAUUCAGAUGGAGGUGCCACUGAAGACAGCUCCAGCUCUUCGGCCUGGCGUAUGAGGUCAGGGCCCGUGGGUAAAGUGGCUCGCAGAAGGAGCCGAGGUCAGUCCAGACGAGGAAGUUCCCUUCUGCUGAAGAAUCGCAGCGCUAGAUCUCAACAGACAGCAGCUCAAACGUUUGUGCGGCCAGAGAGCAGCAACAAUGAUGAAUGUCAAGAAACCCAAAGCAGCAUCUUUACUCCUCUGGGAUCAGGUGGAAAAGCAGUAGGUGUGGCGGAAAAAUGAAGCAGAAGCGUUGAUCUCCGGUCAGUUAUAUCAGCAGGCUGUAUUUAAACCCUCGGGCCCCCAGAGGCCAACUUCCUGCCAUUUCCACCUGCCCCCUUCUAUGGAAGGAGCUGACACAGGAGCAGAUGAGUCACACCAGCUAUGAAACAAGCAUCUGGCCUUUUAACUUUUAACAUCCACCUUCCUGGUGCCUUUGCACUGUCCUUUGUAGCACUUGUAAUGAUGUCAGGGGGAGCGUGAAACUUUCCUUGACUGGGACUGUAAAGUUGUUGCGAAGGUCGUUCUCUUAUGUGUGUGUCCGUGCACGUGUGUGUGUGCAAACAUGUUGUUCCUUUAGUUUCAGCAUCACAUUCUGAAAUCCUCCCAUGAACCAAUAAUGCAGUUAAUAAGGAAUUCAAAAUAAAGUUCCUUAAGCAGAA